CGUCUCUGACACUGCACUGCAGCUUCGGAUCUUCAUAACGCUGUGGCUGAAAGAGCAGCAUGUCUAUUGAUGGAUGGGAGGCUGCUUGAAUAAAAAGGCUGAUCUGAUGCACACUAGCUGGCUGUGAGGAACCUGCUGUGUCGUUGAGGCAGAUUCAAAUACACACUCCACUAGCCAGGCUCACUGUCUCUAUAGAAACUGUAGAUUGCUGUCCUUUGUGUUACCAACUGGGGGGGAAAAAUCACCCUGGAGUUGUGUGCUUGAUGUAUGACAGAUUUGUGUUGAUGAUGGGAUCGGUGGAUGCUGGCAGCUGAUCCAGGAGCUGUGAGCAGCGUUUUCACUGCAGAGCCCGGGAUGGAAGCACAAACAGAGGAGGAGAGGCGGUCAGCAUCGCAACAUCCCUUUGUGACUGGAGAGGGGGCACCAGGACAUCGCUCAUUGUGUCAGAACAUGAACGGAUGGGAAAUGGAGGCUUUCCAGCAGAAUGGUACCAGUUAUGGAUCACUGGUGAGACACAACACAGAACUGCAGAAAGCUGUCAAGGAGUUGGAGCACACGUGCAUAACACUUAGAGAGGAAAAUACUUUAUUGCGGAAGAGCAGCUCUCCCGAGACGGAGGAGAAAGUGAAGCGACUAAAACGGAAGAAUGCUGAGCUGUCAAACAUUGCCAAGCGGUUAGAGGAGAGAGCCAGGAAACUGCAAGAAGCCAACCUUCGAGUGGUGAACUCCCCUGCCCUAGCUAAAGGCUCCAAUCUGGAACAUUACAAGAAAGCCUUUGCCAGGCAACGUGCCAAAGACCUUUCCGAACAUGCUGAUAUCAUUCUUGCCAAGGACAAACAGAUUGAAGAACUGAGGCAAGAAUGUCGUGAUCUUCAUGCAAAACUGGGACCAUCAAAGGAGGCUCCUGAUAGGUUGAAACAAAGUGACUUUGAGCGGGUACUGAGAGAGUCUCAGAAGGAAGUGCUGCGGCUACAGAGACAGUUAGCUGUGGUGUCUCUGCGAGAACCUUCCCACCAGCAUAACCUUGGGCCUCCCACAGUUGGAAUAUCAUCCGCACAUCCAGGGUUACCAUUGCAAGUGACAACAGAAUUCAGCAGAACCUCAGAGGGAACAGAAUUAUGUAAAAAACGGAAAGAAUGUGAGAGCCAUGAGGAAGAGAUAAAGAAACGCCAGCGGAUAUGUGAGGAUUUGGAAAAUGAGCUGAAACAAGCCUGGAGUGAGAAUGCACGGCUGACUGAAGAAACCAUUAGACUCAGCCAAGAGGCACAGGAGACUGAAAAGAUUAAAAUACACAACAAUGACCUGAGAGUGACACUCUCAGUGGUGACAGCAGAACGAGAUUCAUCUCUGAAGGAGAAUCAGCGACUCCAAGCCAAACUGGAGAACCUAGAGCAGGUCCUGAAGCACAUGCGAGAGGUGGCAGAGCGCAGGCACCAGCUGGAGUUGGAACAUGAAGAAGCGCUGACAAUUCUUCAGGCCAAGCAGUAUGAGGUGGAACGACUACAACAGGCUCAGUUUGAAGCCAAGAAGGAACAUGAAGGUGUGGUCCAGUUACUGGAGGCUAAGGUACGGGAUCUGGAAGAGAAGUGUCGAAGUCAAAGCAUGCAGUUCAGCCUUCUUUCCCAGGAAUUGGAGCACUUUCGACUGCAAGCGGGAAAUAUCGACUUGCUAACUAACACUCUUGUGAGCACAGAUGCACCUGGAUUGCUCCUCCGUAGCCAGCCACUGCUCCCGAAUGGAGUGGAAUCACCAGUGGCUAAAGAUGUGGAAAGUGUUCCUCCAGCAGUUCCUCAGCCAGUACAGGAAGAAAAGAAGCAGGAAGAGAAGCAGGAAGAUAAGCCAGAAGAAAAACAGGAGGAGAAGCAAGAAGAAAAACAAGAAGCAAAACAAGAGCAACAAGAAGAGCAGGUUGUCUGUGAAGCAAAGGGUCAAACGAUCAAUGUCUCCCAGCAAUCCGAGGAGGCAGAAACAGAAGUUGGUUCCAUCACCAGCAAAGAUGGACCAGAAUCGACACAUGGCUCCAGCAAAGGCACUCCGAAAACAGAGUCAGCACGAAGUACCCCAAAGUCUUGCAUGACUCCAGAGGUUGAUACAGCCAGCGAAGCUGAGGAGUUGGACAUUGACAAUGUCUCAUCUAUUCCUGAGCCCGAAAGCAGGGUAACUGCAAAAUUGAAGGUGUUCAUCGCACGUUACAGUUACAAUCCCUUUGAUGGACCCAAUGAAAAUCCAGAGGCAGAACUGCCCCUAACAGCAGGAGAAUAUAUUUAUGUGUAUGGGGACAUGGACGAAGAUGGAUUUUAUGAAGCUUACAACUCGGUGUGCUCCAAUUUCACUGCUACUUACCAUAUUUCAUAUACUGUUUUUUUCUCAAUUAUUUCCUUUCACCUCCCGCAGGGCGACCCUGUGGAGAACCAUGAGAGUGAAGAUUACCCCCUGGACAGCAGUCGGGGCUCAGACCUCUCCGACAUCAUGGAGGAGGAUGAAGAAGACCUGGGAUCAGACGCACAGACAAAUGAAGAAGUACAACAAGAUUGCAGUUUGAUCAGGAGCAACUCACUAAAGCAACCUGAGCAGUAUGAAACUGAUAGCGAUGAGGAGUUUCUGGAGAAAAUUCUAGAGCUUCCUCUGCAGAAACGUUACAGUAAGAAACUAUUCAGCAUUCCUGAAGUAACAGAGGAAGAGGAGGAGGAGGAAGAGAAGGAGGAGGAGGAAGAGAAGGAGAAGGACCUAGAGAUGGUCUGUAACAGCUGCCAGCGUGGUCCCAGAAGCCAAGAAGAAGAAAAAGCCUCUGUUCAUUCCCAGGAAAAAGAACAAUCAGAGGAACAGGAUCAACUCUUUGAAUGUGUACAGAGCACUUCUGAAAACCGCAGAGAUACCAAAAAUCAAGAAUUGGAAGAGAAACCAGCCCCUGAUAUCAGUCAGGAUAUCAACAAAAAUGGAGCUCAGGAAGUUGUGGGUCCUACUAUUCCACAGAAUGAGCUGAAAGCUAAGGAUUUGGAAGAGGUGUCAAUAUCUGACAGUAUCUCUGAUCAGAGCAAUAAGCAGGAGCCAGAUGAGAAGCAACCUCUCUACACAAAGACUAAUGUCAAAAACAAAGAAUGGAGUGAAGAGGCAAGUGGGUGUGCAUGUCAUAGUGCUGAGAUUCAUCAUAUAUACCCUCAAAAAUAUAAUAGGUCCCACCAAGAGGAAGAGACCACAGUAGAAUAUGUGCAGGACAACACUGUUGUUGACUCUGAACUAGAUGUUACUGAAUGUUUGGCGAAAUCACAACCAGAGGAGGAUGACAGGAAUGUUUUAGAGCCAGAUGUCGUUGACCUACCAUCUAUCUUAAAGAUGCAAUCUCAGACAUGGAUGAGGUCCACAGAUCCCAGAGAGGUGAAUGCAGCAGGAACUGGGAAUCCAAAUUACAACAGGAGACAGCAGAUAUCUCACGAAAAUCUAGAGAUAGAUAUAGAAUAUGGCACUGAGGAGGAAGAAGAAAUAGUGACAUCCAGCUUGCACUUCUGCCCUCAUGUUAUUCAUCCGGAUCAAAUGCGAUCAAGUUGGUGGUACUGCAGCAAGACUAACAGAGAAAAUGCAAGUGAGUGUUCAACGUUGUGUGAGUUCAUGCAGUCAAAUGAACAGAGGCAGGCCUGUGACAAAGGCAUUAUUUUUGAUUCAAACACCAGCAGCACCAAGUCUCCCCAUCAUCAUAAGAAAAAGAAUAAGUUUGUUUCCCCCAGGAGACUGCAACAUUGCGAACGAAGCAAGCUAAAAGGAAGGAUGGCAGAGGAGGCUUGGAACAUGGAGCCUGAUGAAUUGGGAAGGACAGGAGCAAGGCCUGAGGAUUCAGCAUGUUCACGGGGUUUUGCAAUAAACACAGAUUCAGUAUCACAUGGUCUACCUGAUUCGCCUGCAGUACGAGGUGUACAUCUCAAGAAUAGCCCAUCUCUCAAGGUUCGCAGAGGAGAACUGUCCUCUUCUAAAGCUUCAUUAGUAGACAGUUCUCGAAGUCGAGAGACUCCAAUCUUGGACGGAUAUGAGGACAGAAGCACAAAGGGAGCAGUAGAUAGUGGUCUUGUUCGCAUUUUUGUGGCUCUGUUCGAUUAUGAACCUGCGACAAUGUCACCAAAUCCAGAUGCUGCAGAAGAGGAGCUGGCAUUUAGAGAGGGUCAGAUCCUAAAGAUAUUUGGUGAUAAGGAUGCUGAUGGGUUUUACCGUGGAGAAGCCAUUGGGCAGACUGGUUAUGUGCCAUGCAACAUGGUCUCCGAAAUCCAGGUGGAUGAUGAUGGAAUAAUGGAGCAGCUAUUACAGAGAGGUUACCUGGCUCCCAGUAUGUCCAUGGAGAAGCUGGGCAGCCACACGCUCUCUCAACCGCCACGCCGCACUGCGCCUCCUCCGAAACCAAGGCGAACCAAAAAAGUGCAAUCCAACAAGUGGGAGGACAGUCGAAAACAAGAGCGGAGUCGACCUGGCAGUGGACAGCAGAAAUUGCCUAUGAGAAGAAUGGUGGCUGUCUUUGACUAUGAUCCCAGGGAAAGUUCUCCUAAUGUGGAUAUUGAGGCUGAGCUGACAUUUAGUGCUGGUGACAUCAUUACUGUUUACGGGGACAUGGAUGAGGACGGUUUUUAUUAUGGUGACCUAAAUGGACUACAUGGGCUUGCACCAUCCAACUUCCUGGAGGUGAUAGCUGGGGGGGAGACAGUGGAACCAGCUGCUGGGCAUAUCACGUCGAGACUUCCUCCAACUGUAACACACAAAGAAAAACAGCUGAGCUUGGAUGAAGCUGCGGCUGUACAGCCUGUUGUGCAAGAAACCGAUUAUCCUGCUGUCACAGGAUUGUGUUUGGACAAUCAGGGAUGCAGUGAGAAUGUCUCCAAUAACAAGAAGAAAAAGGGGUUUUUUUCCAAAGGAAAGAAACUGUUCAAAAGGUUGGGAUCCAGUAAAAGAGAGUAACUUAAAAAUGGGAUCCUAUAGUAGCAAGUACUCCUACUUGGGAUCCAGUAAAAGAGAGUGACCUGAUCUUGGAUCUAGUAACGUUGUAACUCUCACCUCGCUUCCAGCAGCAGAGUAACUCCCACCUGGGAUCCAGUAAUGGAGAGUAACGCCCAUUCAACCUCCAGUAACAGGGAGUUACUUCAUCUUGAAUCCAGUAUAUCACUUCAGAUGGUGCAGGACCUUAGAAAUGAUUGGAAACUGAGUGGAUUUGUUGACAUCAAAUAGGAUCACAUCCACUGAUGCAGAACCCUGACCACUGCAAAACCUAAAGGUAUUUCCACCGUCCCUUUACUGUGAUUGAAAGAAUGAUUGGCCAGAAAAUCUAAUCUCCCUGCUGAGCUUUAAUCCUGUAAAACCGUGAGAAGAGAAUGCCUUUUUACAGAUGGUAAUAAUUACAAACCAUGAAUUUUCACCCAACUGGAAAUAUCUAGUUUCAGAUCACCUCAUUUCUUAACUGUUGGAAGACCUGUCACUAAUAUGGUUCAUGCAUUGAUGCUCCAGUUACUGCUUAAGAGCACAGAGCUGUUCACUUCAAGUAGCUACAUGACAAUAUUGCUUAAGAUUUGCAGAGGUAUAAAUCUCUGCAUUUCGUAAACUUCAGUCUCAGACAGGUGGUACCUGACUGAUAAGGAAAUUGUGAUGUGAUCACCAGUUUGUUACCCAGUGUUGUCUCACUGGUCCAUUCUUUAUGGAGUUGCACACUGGUGAGUUCUAUUCCCUUGUUAUCAGCAGUCACUUUGUGUCUAGAGUUGUAACCAUUUACCAAGUCCCAAAAUGGCACAGGUGCAGGGCAGGGAUUUACAAUCAGGGCUGGUGUUCACUGAAAUGGUUUUAAAAAUGGCUCUAUUUCAUGAAAUAUAGAAGUAAAUGGAGAUAUAUUAUUCCAUGACUGAUAUCAGACUUCUGGAGUCCUGUUUGUAUGUUAGAAAUUUUCAAACAGACUGUUCAAAGUCUAGACAGUUAGGUGCAAAACUGGAAGAUAACGACUUUGCCUGAAAUCACAAGUGUGCAAAGUGUCCAUAUAUUUGUGAUCUGAUCUAUUAUAUUGCUAAAGGUGAGUAAUUGGAAAGUUUGUCCUUUGCCUUAUUCAAGAAAGACAGCUUAAUGGAUUUCUAAACAAGAAAAGUGGAUUUUCAGAUGCCAAGCCACAAUACCCUGCCAGUUUUCAGCUGACACCCUCAGAUUGUGCACAUUUACAUUCUGUGCUCCAGGCUCCUGAGCAGCUGUCACACAUAAAACAGAAACUUAUUUUCAUACCUUAAAGAAUUGCCAUCAUGUUUAAAUUCUAGCACGCCACUUUGUAAUAUACAGUCAAGAUUUUGUAAAGAAGAGUUUAUAUGAUUGUUUGUGACAUUUAUAAAUAUUUUCACCUCUCGUUUUGCAUGCAUCAUUGGGAUCAAGUCCGGCUGUGCUUUGCAUGGAGGACAGUUAUAAACAGGGCCAAGCCCUUACUGUUAAAUGCUUUUCCCUUGUUUCUACAUAGAAAUGUUUUUACUGAAAUAAAGUCUAUUUUCACAGAAA